UUAAAAUAUAUCGUUUUAGUAAUGAGCUCAAAAAGCUUUAAAUACCUUCGGCGUGAGGGUGGUGCAUCGUCUCGAUAUUGUUGUGUCCCGUUCUGUAAAAUGUCCUCAAGGUUUAAUUCUGUGAUAAGUUUCCAUUGUUUCCCUUUGGACGACGGAAUACGGAAAAAGUGGCUUCUCAAUGUCGGGCGUGAGGAUUUGAACGUUAGCCCUAAUACAAGAGUCUGCAGUCGUCACUUCACGAGUGAUGAUUUGAUUGAGCCAUCGACUCCUACAGCACGCCGGCUACUGAAGAAGGGCGCUGUGCCCACGGUGUUCCCGAGGAACGAUUCCACUCCAGCACCAAAGCGCACAGAGUUACGGAGGAAGAGAAAAGUUUUCAUUCAUUUGAAAGAAGAUCGCGUGCCUACGGACUUCCCGCAUCAGGAUCAUGAUUAUUGCUCAUCUCCAGUCCAGGUUAAUCUGGCUGUGAAGCAGACCGAAGAUCUCCGAAAGCAGGUGGAGAGCCUGAUGAGACAGGUGGCAGAGUUGACUGUCCUUCAGAGAUUUUGUUUGGGGCGAUUUGCUGCAUCUGAUGAUGACAUAUGGUUUUACACUAGGUUUGCGACUUACAACCACUUGAUGGCGUUCUGGAGACUGAUAGAGCCUGCAUCCCACAACAUGCUUCGUUUGACCAGAGCAACAACAAAGAGUGAAGAUGGAGCAUCAGACAGUGCAUCUUAUCAGUCCCUGCAGCCCAUAGAUGAGUUUUUUCUCUUCAUGGUCCAUCUCUCGAUUGGGCUAACAAAGAGGGAUCUGGGCCACAGAUUCAACAUCCAUCAGUCCACCGCGAGUCAAAUAAUUACAAAAUGGGCCAAUUUUCUGUACACCAUUCUUGGAUCUGUGCGCGUCUGGAUGCCUGAGGAGGCGGUCAAGGCUCAAAUGCCAAAGGAAUUCAAAGACUACCCAGACACACAAGUAGUGAUUGACUGCACAGAGCUGCGUUGCCGAACACCAUCCUCUCUCCGGCUUCAAGGUGAAGAGUCCCAUUGCUCCUUCAAGGGGUUAAUUGGCAUAGCACCGCAUGGUGCAGUCACUUUUGUGUCAUCCUUGUGUGCAGGAUCUGUCAGUGACAAGGAACUUCUGAAGCAGUCUGGGAUUGUGUCGCUCCUGAAACCUGGAAUGGCCAUUAUGGUCGACAAAGGUUUUUUUGUAGAUGACUGUGUACCAUGCAAAGUUUACAGACCUGCUUGCCUGUUCAAGCAGGAAGAGUUUCCAGCUAAUGAGGUGAAGGAGACUCACUCCAUUGCUCGGCUGAGGGCCCACAUUGAGCUUCUCAUCUGCAGAGUGAGGCAACACCAGCUGUUUGAUACAGUCAUCCCUCUCUCCAACAUCGGGACCAUCAACCAGCUACACACUGUUGCUUGCCUCCUUACAAACUACCAGAAUGGCCCUUUGUUACAAGGAUGGGCAAAGGAUUAAAGACUAGACAAAACUUGGUGUUGGGGUUUAGAUCAAAGGAUUAAUGUAACUGUGUAGAUAAAUGUAAAGUUUAAACAUGUUAAUAUUUAUAAAUCUGAUACAGUGUUUCUGUAAGCAUGUAAAUAAAUAAUUUUCAUAAUGUUUCUGUAAACAUAAACAACUUAACAGUGGCAAGCAAAAAAAAUGAUAAUGUAAUCGUGUUAAUAUAAAUGAAUUUACAGUGUUUCUGUAAACGUAUGAAUAACUUUGUAAAGCCUUUCCUGUACAUCACUGUAAUGUAAACAUGUAAAAAUAAUGUAAAUACAGAAACACAGUGUCAAAGUUAAUUACACUUUUACAGUGGUGUACAGAAAAGCUGUAUAAAGUUGUUUAACCGGAU